UCCACCAACUACACGAUCAUCUACAUCCAAAACAGCUGAGCGUUCUAGCAAUGAUAAUCGGCUCUUCGUCCGUGGUCUAGGUUCCUUUAAAUUCGAACACCGGAAUAUACUUGAAAGUCUUCUUUGUGCACGAAAUGAUGCAACAUUACUCUGCACUCCGGAAGACAGGCGUUUUCUGUAUUACAUGUUACCUUGUGCUUAUGAGAAUGCUAAGAAAAGGUUACAAGUCAGCAAUGAGCAAGAAGAAAGUUCAUUGACUGCAAAGAAGCGCAAGCAAAAUAGGAAAGAUAAGAAACAAGCAAAGUCAUAA